CUAAUAUGGACAAUUUCAAUUUGAUUAACCUAUUAAGCACAUUUUUUCUUUAUGUCUAAUUCAGUAUCCGGCUCGUGGAAUAGCGGGGAUGCAAGGAAUUUUUUAUUCUGGAACAGGAUGUUUUCACAGAAGAAAAGUUAUAUACGGUUUAUCACCUGAUAGCACAGUAACCAAGGGAGAACUGGGUGAUGAGAGUUUGCAGAAUACAUUUGGCAAGUCGACGAAAUUCUCCAAAUCAGCAGCCCAGAUUUUAUCAGAAUCCCAAGUAAAGACCCAGAAUCCAAGUGGUCUUUCGAGUUCCCUUGAGGCAGCAUAUCAAGUUGCAAGUUGUAGCUAUGAACAUGGUACCAGCUGGGGUGAAAAGGUUGGUUGGAUAUAUGGAUCGGCAACAGAAGAUGUCCUAACUGGGCUUACUAUCCAUGGGAGAGGUUGGAAAUCUGCCUAUUUAACACCCGAACCUCCUGCUUUUCUUGGAAGCGCUCCAUCGAGUUGGCCCACCACAUUGAUCCAGCAGAAGAGAUGGUCUACUGGGCUUCUGGAAAUUCUUUUAAGCCCAAAAAGCCCAAUAAUUGUUCUCUCCAAAGGCAAGCUCCACUUCCGACAAUGCCUGGCCUACGUGUGGAUUCAGAUGUGGGCUGUACGAUCGAUUCCAGAGCUUUGUUACGCUGCUCUGCCGGCUUAUUGUAUUAUCACCAACUCACACUUCUUGCCCAAGGUCCAUGAACCGGCUAAAUUUAUACCAGUCGCUCUCUUUCUCAUUUAUUACAUAUACACUCUAUCAGAGUAUCUACGAGCAGGCCUGUCAAUCCAAACAUGGUGGAACAAUCAGAAAACGUUGAGAAUCAUACCGAUGACAUCAUGGUUCCUUGGAUUUCUAAGUGGUAUACUCAAGUUCUUAGGAUUGUCCGAGACUAUGUUUGAAGUUACAAAGAAAGACCAAACCACCGGUGCCGAUGACACCAAUGCUAAUGUAGGAAGAUUCACAUUUGACGAGUCCCCAGUUUUUGUGCUCGGCACCACCAUUUUGCUAGUAAACUUGGCCGCAUUGGCGCUCGGGUUGUUAAGGUUCCGAUCGACGAUUCGUGGCGGAGAUGGGUCAGGGGUAGGGGAGAUAUUGUGCAGUGUGUGGUUGGUGCUUUGCUUCUGGUCAUUUUUUAGAGGGCUAUUUGGGACAGGAAAAUAUGGAAUUCCAUUCUCUGUUAUAUGUAAGUCAGGGGCUCUAGCACUAUUGUUUGUGCAGUUCUGCAAAUGGAACUCCAUGGGUUGAGAAUUUGGAUCAAGUUAGAAUAUUUCUAUUUGUAUUGGUGAAAACUUGUACUACACUACCACAAUUUACUUGUUUGUAUUCCCAAUUGAACUUGAAUUAGCCAAUUCAAUAAGUCUCCUUUGUAUAGUUAUAUUUUGGGGGCAUAACAUUGUGAUUGUUCUCUAGACUUACCGAUAAAAAC